AUCUUCAUCUCCAUCUCUCAUGAUAUAUGUCUGCAGGAGAGAGCUUUGGCUAAGAGCUAGCCAGCAGUUCCUAUUCUUUGUAGACAAUGGCUUAAAGCACCCAACUUUUCUUCUGAUUCUCGUCUCCCCCACCAUAAAAAUGAUAAUUACCUCUUCAGUUGCAACGUGGAAAGACUCUGGGUCUUCUUCUAACUACCCUUUAUGUGUCAUGGCUUUGUAUCAUUCUAAAUUGAGGGCUUCCUCUCUCAAAAUGGAGCCUUUCACUGUUUCUUAUGACCAGAGAUCAGAGUUCCUCAAACUCAGUUACCUCCAUUCUUUUCAGCAUAGCAAUGUAAAAGUUAGGCAUUCAUUAAAUCCUAGAAUAACACGAACAAGGUUGCAUGAACCACACGCACUGGUUAUUUCAAAUGAACAUCCUCAAAAUGCUGAUUUCCCUCGGAAUUAUUCGAGAAAGGAGAAGAAGCCCUUUCCAAUACCCAUAGUUGAGUUGAGACGAGCUGCAAGGGAGAGGCUCAAGAAGAGUAAAGGCCAACCUAAAGGACGGGUGCCACCUCCAAAGAAAGGGUUGAUCGUUCAAAGCCUUUUACCACUUGCUUAUGAUGUGUUCAAUGCAAGGAUCACAUUGAUUAACAAUCUCAGGAAACUGUUAAAAGUGGUUCCCGUGCAUGCAUGUGGGUGGUGUGAUGAAAUCCAUGUGGGACUGGAAGGACAUCCAUUCAAGUCGUGUAAAGGCAAACGUGCUACCCUCCGCAAUGGCCUUCAUCAGUGGACAAAUGCAGCCAUUGAAGAUGUACUUGUGCCAGUAGAAGCCUACCACCUUUACGACCGCCUUGGAAAACGAAUUACUCAUGAGGAGAGAUUUUCAAUCCUCCAAAUUCCUGCAGUAAUGGAGCUCUGUAUCCAAGCUGGAGUUCACAUUCCUGAAUAUCCAACAAAAAGGAGGAGAAAACCAAUUAUUCGCAUCGGAAAAAGGGAAUUUGCUGAUGCAGAUGAAAGUGAUCUGCCAGAACCUCUCCUAGAGGUUCCUCUAAAGCCAUUAUUAACCGAAAUAUCCAUCUCAGAAGCAGUAGCCCCAGCUAAUGAAGAAGAAAAAACCUUGCUUGCUGAGGAAACACUACGAGCAUGGGAAAAGAUGAGGAAAGGAGCCAAGAGGUUAAUGCAGAUGUACCGUGUGAGAGCUUGUGGAUAUUGCCCAGAGGUGCAUGUGGGACCUAGUGGGCAUAAGGCACAGAACUGUGGGGCCCACAAGCACCAACAACGGAAUGGACAGCAUGGUUGGCAGUCUGCAGUGCUCGAUGACUUGAUACCGCCAAGAUAUGUGUGGCAUGUUCCUGAUGUGGUUGGGCUGCCAUUGCGAAGGGAGCUGAGGAAUUUCUAUGGACAAGCCCCUGCUGUUGUGGAAAUAUGCUUUCAGGCUGGUGCUGCUGUACCAGACCAAUACAAAUCAACCAUGAGAUUGGAUAUUGGGAUCCCUUCCAGUGUUAAAGAAGCUGAAAUGGCUGUUUAAGUUAUUUUUCUCAACUCUUUUAAGUAGCAAAGUGCAAGUAAAAUAUUUGAAGGAAAUACCACGCGUAGAUUCUUUCGGGAAAUGGAAACAGUUUUCUUGAGUUUGGCCAUUGGCUCUCGCAAACUAUCUCUGAUUCUAUUCAAUGGUCAAAAUUACUAUUGCUUUACAAA